CUGUCCGGUGAGCGUCGAACGACUGAAAUGGCCGCCCAUAAUGCAUUGCGAUGGCGGGUAGGCGUGUGGGGGCGGAGCCAGGGCCGGAAGUAGAACGGUGGCGGUGGCGGUGACUCUGGCAGCUCGGGACUGAGUGCAAGUACCAUAGAAUCACCAUGGUUCUUCAGAGGCUCUUCAAGUUCUCCUCUGUUGUUCGGUCAGCAGUCUCCGUCCAUUUGAAGAGGAACUUUGGUGUUACAGCAGUGGCAUUUAAUAAGGAUCUUGAUCCCAUACAGAAACUCUUCGUGGAUAAGAUUAGAGAAUAUAAAGCAAAGCGACAAACAGCUGGAGGACCUGUUGAUACUGGCCCAGAGUAUCAACAAGAUUUGGAGAAAGAGCUCUUUAAGCUUAAGCAAAUGUAUGGUAAAGUGGACAUGAACACAUUCCCUAACUUCAAAUUUGAAGAUCCCAAAUUUGAAGCCAUCGAAAAACCCCAGUCCUGAAGAAAUGUAAAAUUAAUUUGGUAAUUUGUUGUGAAUUAAUUGUAUUGCUAAUUAAAGUUUCAAAAUAAACAUAAGAUUUCACAACUGUCAAGUGUUCUUUUAAUUCUGAUUCCAAAUAAAUUAUUUGCUGAUGCUGAA